AUAUAUAAUUUCACAGAGUCACACCUAACCUGUCCAUCUCAAUUCUCAAGUUGUAACUCCCACCAGGAGCAAAGUAAAUGGCGUCUUCUCUCUCUACCAAACCCUUUCUCGGAGCUUUAUCUUCCGACGAACCUUCACGCUUCGGCUCUCUACGCCAUUCCGAUCUCCGUUCUGCAGUCCUCCGAAUCUCAACUAGCCGUCAGUCACGCCCUAGAACACUCGAGAUACAAGCUGUUGGAAGUACAUAUGGAAACUACUUUCGUGUUACAACAUUUGGUGAAUCUCAUGGCGGAGGAGUUGGUUGUGUGGUUGAUGGAUGUCCCCCUCGAAUUCCCCUUUCAGAGGCUGAUCUACAAGUAGAUCUUGACAGAAGGAGGCCAGGUCAGAGCCGUAUUACUACACCUAGAAAAGAAACCGACACAUGCCACAUAUAUUCAGGUGUUGCUGAAGGAUUUACUACUGGAUCUCCGAUCAUGAUUAAAGUACCCAAUACAGAUCAAAGGGGAAAGGAUUACAGUGAAAUGUCAAUGGCUUAUAGACCUUCUCAUGCUGAUGCAACUUAUGACUUUAAGUAUGGUACAAGAUCAGUGGAGGGUGGUGGUCGAUCGUCUGCUAGAGAGACAAUUGGGAGAGUCGCUGCUGGCGCUGUUGCUAAGAAAAUUCUCAAGGCAUAUGCAGGAACUGAGAUCCUUGCCUAUGUCUCUCAAGCUCACAAGAUUGUACUUCCAGAGGGCCUAGUGGAUCAUGAGACAUUGACGCUUGAUCAGGUAGAAAGCAACAUCGUUAGGUGCCCUGAUCCUGAGUAUGCAGAGAAGAUGAUUGCUGCUAUUGAUGCUGUCCGAGUGAGAGGUGAUUCUGUUGGUGGUGUUGUUACAUGUAUUGUGAGAAACGUCCCACGUGGACUUGGCUCACCAGUUUUUGACAAACUAGAAGCUGAAUUGGCUAAGGCGGCUUUGUCAUUACCUGCAACCAAGGGCUUUGAGUUUGGCAGCGGAUUUGCAGGUACCUUUUUGACUGGUAGUGAGCAUAAUGAUGAGUUUUUUAUGGAUGAACAUGGACGGGUUAGGACAAGAACAAACCGGUCAGGUGGAAUACAGGGUGGUAUAUCCAAUGGAGAGACCAUACACAUGAGAAUAGCCUUCAAACCUACAUCGACAAUCGGAAGGAAGCAAAACACAGUGACCAGAGAUAAAAAGGAAACAGAACUUAUUGCUCGUGGCCGACAUGAUCCCUGUGUUGUCCCAAGAGCGGUCCCGAUGGUGGAAGCGUCGGUGGCGUUAGUGCUGAUCGAUCAGUUGCUGGCACAAUACGCUCAGUGUCAGUUGUUCCCCAUCAAUCCUGAAUUCCAGGAGCCGUUGCAGAUGCCGACGCUUGAACAGAGCGGCAUUUCACUUUAAAGCUCUCCAGAGAGUCCUCAAAACAAAAGGCAAACAUUUCAUAACAAUAGUUGGUGGGUCUGUGUUUGUUGUUGUUACCUGUAAUUCCCUUUUUUGGUUGCUUUACCAUAAUAAUCAGGAAUUGGGCAUUAUUUUUGGCUUGUUUGUAUAAGUAAAGGGGUGUUAUAAUUUUGAUUUGUUUUCUUCAGAACAGUUCUGAAAUUUUCCUAAUAAUUGAAAGUGGUUUUUAUUA